AGCGACAAGAUGCAACAAGCAAUCGCUACCAUUUUUACACUUCUUGUUCUCACGGGACAUGUGUGUGUUGGUCAGUUGGGUGGUCUUGGGGGCGGUGCAAUAACGGUGGCUCCGGUGGUACCCGCCGUUACCGUGCCUACAGUAGCCGUGAGUGUGGCACCAAUAACAGUCCCACCAGUAACUGUUGGACCGAUUUCUGUUUCCGUUGCUCCUGUUACGAUACCGCCUGUGACAGUGUCCGUUCCAGCGAUAACCGUUCCGCCUGUGACUAUACCAGCUGUUACACUUCCUGUAACUGUUCCAUCGCUUCCUGUUACUAUUCCUGCAGUUACUGUUGCGGCGAUCGGUAUUACCGUACCAACGGUACCGAGCGUAGUUGGCAUUCUAUCCACUUUAGCCGGUGUACUAACAACCACGACGACCGCUGCACCAACAACAACUACAACUGCAGCUGCUACUACUACGCCAUCCGUAGUGAAGUUUAACAUCGGAGGGAGUAUACUAACCGUUGUUGCUAGUGACAUAUCCACCAUACAAGCCAUCAUUGCAGCCUUGCAAGCCACCGCAACUACCACCACUGUUGCAUCUACCACAACAACAGCAGCAACAACAACAACAGCAGCAGCAACAACAACAACAGCAGCAGCAACAACAACAACAACAACAACAGCAGCAACAACAACAACAACCGCAGCAGCUACAAGCACAACUGUUGCCCCAGCAACAACUGCAGGUACUACGACUACUGGUGCAGCUACAACAUCGACUACUGCGCCAACAACUACAACAGCAACAACUUCUGGCUCUACUACAACCUCCACAGUAGCGAAUAUCUCUAUAACAAUUAUUAUCAAUGGAACCACAUUGAUUGUUUCAUCAAGCUCAUCGUCGCUCCUAACUUUGCUGACGCAGAUUUUAAACCAAAUCGCUACGACAACGACGGCAUCUGCAACCACGACAACUGCUGCUCCUAGUACAACCGUGAGCACAGCACUAGCCGGGCGUGGCUGCCAUGGACAUCACAGUCAUGAGUCGGGCUUUGGUUUCGGCGGUAGAAUUGGUAUCGGUGGUCCGGGAGGUGUGCUAGGAAUCGGAGGGGGUUUCCGUAUCGGUGGACCCCAAAUUGCUCCUGUAGUACGUCCAGUAGCUCCAAUCAUAAACGCUGUAGGUCUCGUUGCUAGACCGGUAUUAAAUGUUGCUGGGCGUAUUGUCAAUGGCAUUGGUCAAGGUAUCAGUAACAUAGCGGCUGGUCUCGCAAACGCUGGAAGCGCAAUAGGAAGCGGUACAGGCUUGUCUGGCGGCAUUGGAGCAAGAAUUGCAGCAGAUGGAACCGGGGCUGCUGGCUCGGGAGGAUUGAAUAUUGCUCUCAAGGGUGGUAUAGCCCUUGGCUAA